CACACAGCAGACAAGUGACGUCGUCCUUCUGACUCCCGGGCCUGUGCCCUACCCACUCCGCCACGUUGCCACUCCCGUUGAUGAGUAGCCCCGCGACUCCCUCCGCCCGGACUUGGUCUAUCGCCCACACAGGAAAGAGAUUGACUAAGAGGAUUUUACAGCACUUUCGAUGAUGCAGAGGGAAAUUUCCCCAGCCCCAGAGAGGAGCCCUUCAAAUAUCAGCCUCCCGAGGGUCCCUACCCCGCGGAGUGGCUGAGUGACCUCGACCAGGUGCGACCCGGGCCGGGACCGCCGCAUCUGGCCGGACACAUGGACGACGGUGUAUUCUGGUCCGUCCGAGCCCUGGCUCUGGACUAUCUGGAUGACGUCCUCCAGACGCCGCGACUUGGGACGGUCCCAAGCAGAACUUCUCGGGCGCUGCAAAACGUCAUGUUCUCGGUCCAGGGGGACGUGGAGAAGGCUCUGAAGCCGUGCUUCGACAGUCUCGACGUUGGCUCGGUAGGGGCAGCCAGAAGAAUCUUCGGCCAAAUUGUGGAAAAGGAGUUCGAGGACGGCAUCGUCAACUGGGGGCGGAUUGUGACGAUAUUUGUCUUGGGGGGCAUUCUCACCAAGAAGCUCCAAAGGAGCGGAGUCCCGCUGACGAGAGAGACUCGGGAGGAGAUUUCUUGUUUCAUCGCGGAGUUCACCACCCACCACGCCGGAGAGUGGAUAAGGCAGAACGGAGGCUGGGAAAAUGGAUUUUUAAAUAAGUUUGAACAAAAGACCGUCUGGUCGGUGUUAGCGGAUAUUUCGAUGAAGAUCUUGGGCGUACUCUCCCACCUGAAGCAAUUUUACUGACCGAAAGGAAAUCCACCCCCAUGGAGCAACUGGCUGAGAUUUCCCGCAUGUCCCAAGAACUGUCGCUGAGAUUUCCUCCUCCAAAAUGACGCAAGGGGCCCUUGGGACCAAGACGGGGCCCGUCCGCUUGGGCCCGCCGAUUUGGACGGCGGUCUGACCCGUCUCCUUCCAGCCUGCCCUGCAGCUCCGGUUUGGAUAGGGGAGGCUACCACAGCACCGAAAACAACCAGGCCCUGAGACACACGGGAUGUCACACGUUCCACUGCCUCGCCGCACAACACGAUGAGGUCAGACGGGCGCCGUUUUUAAGGCAGUCCGAUUCCUUCCGGACCUGCCCGCGCUUAGAAUGCUUUUCCGGCGUCGCCGGACCCCACGGGUUACUCCAGAACCUCUGCGUUCCCCCUCCCGGGCCCCUCUGAGCGCAUCCACCACUUGCGGGUUGAGGAACUCGGCGGCAGGAGCCCAGGAGGAUGGGAGGAUCGAUCCUGGAGGGGUCAACAACGGACGGAAACCGCUUAUCGGGCCGAGUCGCUCCGGGGCAAGAGGAUGGGCCCGCUGAAAAUCUGGCCGUCCCAGAUGAAAACCGGGCUCAGACGCCCCAGGCCCGCGGGGCCGAAGAGUGCCAACUCUCAAUGGACGCCAAAGUCCCCCGACCGUGCAUUUCCAGAAAUGCAGAAGUGCAAGAGAACGGGAACGUGAUGACAUGGGGACUCCGUUUCAUCAACGCCAAACAGACUACGGGAGCUCCGCUCUGCCGCACAAGAGUAUCUGAGAUGUAAUAACUUGACCGCUCUAUUUAUUUAACUUAUUUUACCCCAGAUUUGCGCUAAUAUUACCCGAUGCCGCAAAUAAACCCAAAUGACAGGA